UGUAUUUGUAUGUCUUUGGCUCAGUGCGCCGCCCAGUGGGCACAAUGAAUAUUACCCCCUCCCUGGCCUCCUGACCCGGAUAUAAACCCGUGGCGGACAUGCUGGCUGCGCCGUGUGAUUCCUGACGACAUGCGGACGGUUUCUGGAGGGUCCCGGUGAUUGUGUGGUAGACAGAGAGCCGCGGAGGAGUCAGAGUUCAGUACGGUGAGCAGAUCGGUUCCUCCGGGGAGGGAAUGAAGGGCCGGUCGGCCGGCGGAGUGAUCGCUUAGCGGGAUGUUAUUGACCGACUGCAGCGAACGGAACCGGGCCGAGACGCACAGAACUAAAUAACAUUCAGAAACUCCCAUCUCUGUCGGUUGGUACUGGUUCUGUCUGAACUGGUUUAAGCCCAUCUGACCGCCCUGGUUCCCCAGCAGCAGGUAAACCUGCUGUACAGCCUCAGUCAGCUCGCUGUGUUUGGGCAAAAGUUUUAGCUUUGAGCGGUGAUUCUGCGGCCCGAGAGGCUGUGGGGUGUUGAUCCAGAGAGGGGACCUUGAUCCAGCUGUCCGGCUCUGUCAGAACAUGGAGGCCGGUGUUUUCCUGACGCUAAGCCUGAUGUUCCACAGCUGUUCCACUGCAGCACCGAGGAACCGAGCCCACUGUGAGGAAAGUUAACCCCUGCAUGGCCUGCCAGUCUGUCUAUGCAGUCAUGGACGAGCAGGCACUGCUGGGGCUCAACCCCAACGCUGAUGCCCCCUACAGGCAGAGGGCUUUGGCUUACUUUGAGCAGCUGAAGGAGUCUCAGGAUGCCUGGGAGGUCUGCGCUGACGCGCUGGCUAAAGGUAUCUACAGCGACGACCACGUCAAGUUCUUCUGCUUCCAAGUCCUGGAGCAUCAGAUCAAGUUCAGACAUGCAGGUCUGAGCGCAGCUCAGCAGCAGCUCAUCAGAGAGACGCUGAUGAAGUGGCUGCAGACCCAGCUGAUGAAUGCUCAGCCGGAGAAGGCUUUCAUCAGGAACAAGGCGGCCCAGGUGUUCGCCCUCACCUUCGUCAUGGAGUACCUCACUCUGUGGCCCAAGUUCUUCUUUGAUAUCCUGAACCUGGUGGGUCUGAACCCGCACGGUGUCGACAUCUACCUGCGGACGCUGAUGGCCAUCGACGCUGAGGUCGUGGACCGAGACAUCGUGCACACGCCUGAGGAAACCCGCAGGAAUACGUUGAUCAAAGACUCCAUGAGGGAGCAGUGCAUUCCCAGUCUAGUGGAAUCCUGGUUCCAGAUCCUGACGGCGUACCAGCAGACCCACCCGGAGCUCACCUGUCAGUGUCUGGAGGUGGUGGGCGCCUACGUGUCCUGGAUCGACCUCAACCUCAUCGCCAAUGACCGGUUUGUGAACCUGCUGCUCAGUCAGAUGUCCAUGGAGGACCUGAGAGAAGAGGCCUGCGACUGCCUGUUUGAAAUCGUCAACAAGGGCAUGGACCCGGUGGACAAAACCAAGCUGGUGGAAUCGCUGUGCCAAGUUCUGCAGACAGCCGGGUUCUUCAACAUCGAGCAGGAGGAAGAUGUGGACUUCCUGGCCAAGUUUUCCCGGCUGGUGAACGGGAUGGGCCAGAGUUUGGUCCUGAGCUGGUCCAAGUUGGUAAAGUCUGGGAACGUGAAGGAGGCGACGGAGACGCUUCAUGCGGUGGAGGCCAAGGUGCCGCUGCUGCUGCAGUUGCUGGUGCAUGAAGACGACGACAUCUCGACCAACAUGGUGGGCUUCUGCUACGACUACCUGCACGUGCUCAAACAGGUGAGUCCCCCAGAGGAGGUGGGUCCGGAUCCUUCUGAAGCAGGUACUGAUUCCAUUCGCUCUCUGCAGCUUCCUCAGUUGACGGAGCAGCAGAAGGCGAACAUUGAGGCCGUCAUGCUGACUGUGAUGAAAAAGCUGACCUACGACGAUGAGUACAACUUUGAGAACGAGGGUGAAGAUGAGGCCAUGUUCGUAGAGUACAGGAAGCAGCUGAAAAUGCUGCUGGACCGCCUGGCUCAGGUUUCGCCGGAGCUGCUGCUGGAAGCCGUGCGCCGGGUCUUCACCAGCACCAUGCAGAGGUGGCAGACGGCGCCGUUCAUGGAGGUGGAGGUGGCCAUCCGGCUGCUCUACAUGCUGGGCGAGGCGUUGCCGGCGUCUCACGGCGCUCACUUCUCCGGUGACUCGGCGAAGACGAGCGCGCUGCAGGACAUGAUGAGGACGCUGGUUUCCUGCGGCGUCAGCGGCUACCAGCACUCCUCCGUGUCUCUGGAGUUUUUUGAAACGGUUGUCAGAUAUGAUAAAUUCUUUAUCGUAGAACCGCAGCACAUUCCCAAUGUUCUGAUGGCGUUCCUGGACCAGAGAGGACUGAGACACAGUAGCCCCAAGGUCCGGAGCAGAGUGGCCUACCUGUUCUCCAGGUUCAUCAAGACUCUGCAUAAACACAUGACGGCGUUCAUUGAGGACAUCCUGAACCGGAUCCAGGACCUGCUGGAGCUGGCUCCUCCUGAGAACGGCUUCCUGGCGCUGCUGACCAGUGACGACCAGCUCUUCAUGUUCGAGGCAGCCGGCGUUCUCAUCGUGAGCGGCGAGAGUCCGGUGGAGCGGAAGCAGGUUCUGAUGAGGAGUCUGCUGGCGCCGCUGAUGGACGCCUUCCGCCUGCUCCUCGCCAAGCUGCUGCAGGAGAGCGUGGAGGAGCGGCAGGCCGCGCUGGCCGACUGCCUGAGCCACGCCGUGGGAUUUGCCAGCCGGACCAGCAAGGCGUUCAGCAACAAGCAGACGGUGAAGCAAUGCGGCUGCACUGAGGUCUAUAGAGACUGCCUGCAUAGCUUCCUGCCGGCACUGAGCUGCCCCGUCCAGCGGGGGGCGCUGCGCAGCGCCGUGCGCUCCUUUCUGCAUCGCAUGAUCAUCUGCAUGGAGGAGGAGGUGCUGCCCUUCAUCCCGGCCGCCUCGGAGCACAUGCUGAAGGACUGCGAGGCCAAAGACCUGCAGGAGUUCAUCCCGCUCAUCAGCCAGAUCACGGCCAAGUUCAAGCGCCAGGUGUCGCCCUUCCUGCAGCAGAUCUUCAUGCCGCUGGUCCUGGCCAUCUUCGAGGUUCUGGGCCGACCCGCGGAGGAGAACGACCAGACGGCGGCGCUGGAGAAGCAGAUGCUGCGGCGGAGCUACUUCGCCUUCAUCCAGACGGUCGCCGGCAGCGGCAUGAACGAGGUGCUGGCCAAUCAGGGAGCAGAAAACAUUGAGCGGGUUCUGUUCACCAUCAUCCAGGGCGCCGUAGAGUUCCCGGACCCGAUCGCUCAGAAGACCUGCUUCAUCAUCCUGACCCGGCUGGUGGAGCUGUGGGGCGGGAAGGACGGCAUGGUGGGCUUCCCUGACUUCAUCUACAAACACAUUGUCCCAGCCUGCUUCCUGGCACCGCUCAAACUGACCUUUGACCUCUCUGACGCCCAGACCGUUCUGACGCUGUCGGAGUGCACGCUCACGCUGAAGAUGAUCCAUCUGAAACGGGAGUCAGAGUUCAUCCAGUUCCUGCAGCAUGAGUACCUGCCAUCCCUGCAGGUGACUCCAGAGAUCUCACAGGAGUUGUGCCAGGUCCUCCAGCAGCCCGAUGUCAAAGUCCUGAAGAACUACAUCAAGGUGUUCUUCCAGAGAGCCAAGCUGUGAUCCCGCCCGGACUCUGCUGGAGCUGGAGGUCGGAGCGCCGCUCUGACCGGACGACGAGCCGUCCCACAGAAUCGGCUCCGAGGUUCUAGACUCGGCUCGGAAGCUGGACAGCGCAGAACCCACUCCUCACCUCUGGAUCCUGAAGUGGGAACGGUCCCGCGAUCCGCUUGUUUUGAGUUUGCAGUGAAACAUUUCAGCCCGUCUCGGCCCGUCAGAACCGACGCCACGGCUGCUCACCCAGGUUCUGGGACGGUUUCUGAUCCACCACAGGAUCUGAGUGUAAAUAAAAAAGUUGUUAAAACUGUAAAUAAAGAUGCUAGCUUUAGUUUUUUUUAAAAAUAAUUUGUCACAUCUGGGAGCCUUGUACGGAAGCCCAUUAAUGCCAAGAUAAAGAUCCAGUUUAUAAGUGAAAGAAAAAAAGCUGGUGGUUGAACCUGACCUGAUUUAUCCUGGAAAUGUUUACAUGAAAAUAUUUUCUGUUACUAAUUUAGACUUCAGUGAAACUCUAAUAAUUGGUUGAGCUGCGAGGAGUUUUCAUUUCUGAUCUGUUUAUUUAUCAUGUUUCUGUUCUGGUCUCAUUGUCAUUGCUGAAUGUGUGACUCAGUAAAUUUCCUGCAGAUCUUAUUUCAUCAUAAAAGCAGCUUUAAAAAUA